AUGGAUGCAAAAAGAUGCUACAGAGGCAAGAAUAAUGCUUCGAUAAAAAUUGAUAUGGGAGAAAAAGGGGGUGGAAUCAAAGCUAAUGCUGAGUAUUUAAACAUGGUUAACAUGGAGGUUGGUUCAAUUAAUGCAGAAAUAAAGGAACUGGAAGAAAGAAUUUGGAAGAACAGGUGGACUGAACUCGAAGAGCUGAUGGGUUUCUACAGUGUAUGCCCAGCAGGCAAUCAGAAAUCUGGGCCUGGAUCUCAGGAAACAAUCAGGGGUGGAAUAAACAUUUGGAAUGGCAGAACAGCUCCCACAAAGAAGGGUGGCAAGAAGGACCAUUCCACUAUCAACAAGGUAGUGAGCAGAGAGUCCACCAUCAACAUUUACAAGCCCAUCCAUGGAGUGGGUUUCGAGAAGUGUUUCUAUCCGGCACUCAGAGAACUUCGGAAAUGUGCCAUGAAGGAGAUGGGAAUUCCAGAUGUGCACAUUGAAACCAGGCUUAACAAAGCUCUCUGGGCCAAAGGAAUAAGGAAUGUUCCAUACCGUAUCUGUGUGCGAUUGUCCAGAAAAUGUAACGAGGAUGAUGAUUCAUCAAACAAGCCCUCUACAUUGCUUACCUAUGUACCUGUCACUGCUUUCAAAAAUCUACAGAUAGUUACUAUGGAUGAGAACUAA